AAACGUGGGAAUCACCGCGGCGCCCCAAACGUGCGGCUUCCUCGGGAAGAAGAAGAAGAACCCGCCAAUGCCCAACCAUCCCCAACCGCCAUGGCCAGCGAGUAUAAAUCCCCCAGCCCCCACGCGGCAUGCAGCAGCCUCAUCCAUUCCUCACAUCCGAUUCCCAGAUUCAUUCGUUCCACCACGCGCAGUCAGCACAUCGAUCCGGAUCCGAAGGCUUCUUCUUCUUCCCCUUCUACGAAUCUCUCGAUUGCAAUUCGCGGCUGACCUAACCCUAACCCCGGGGUUCGAGGUCUAGCGGCCAUUCUCCCGUGCGUGCGUGCCCAUGGCUGUCAUCGUCGCCGGAGGACCAGCGGUUCUGUGCGCGGGGGGCUCGCCGCCUCAGCGGCGGAGGGCGCCGGCGUCGGUGAGGUGCGUGGGCGGGGCGGCGGCGGCGCGGUCGACGAGGCCGGCGCCGGGGGCGGGGGCGGUGGAGGACCACUACGCGACGCUGCGGCUGACGCCGGGGGCGAGCAGGGGCGAGGUGAAGAAGGCCUUCCACCGCCUCGCGCUGGAGUACCACCCGGACGCCGUCGGCCAUGGCCACGGGCGCGGCGAAGGGGACGGCGGCGUGGGCGUGGACUUCGAGAGGAUCAACGCGGCGUAUCAGAGGGUGAUGAGCAACAUCCGGGCGGCGGAGGAGCGGCUCGAGUACUGGCGCCAGCGGUACGGCCUCGCCGACGAGGACCUCGACCGCUACAGGUACUACCUCAACGACGACGACGACGACGACGAGGACUGGUGAUCGAUCAGUUUUCGACAUUUGAAGCUGGAGCUGGAAUCUUCUUCUUUGACAUGCCCUGACAGAUCGAGGCGGCACAACUGUAAAAUUUCCUUGUACGCGUCACUGUCUCUGCUUCUCCCCCUGUUUUUAGCGAGGGAGAAAGGGAUCAUUUACAGAACUAAAUUUCUAACGGUUGUACCCACAGUUUGUAUUUCUCAUUUGUAAAUAUGAAGAAGGGAUUUGAGAAUUUGAGGAGUCUAAUAAAUCGUGGCUAACUAGAAA